AUCCAAAGCAGCCUAUCAAUCCCGCCAAAUUACACCCUGCCUCCCAUCUUCAUCCAGUCCAUAGCAACAAUUGGAAGACGAUGGACUCCUCACACUACCGCAAAAUCGAGCUCCAAUCCGCUGCAGACUUCACCUACCUCCACGGCAACACCGUCGCCCUCUCCCGCCAAAAACUCGACCUGCAUCUUCCCCCCUCCGCGGCCCCAAACAAUGGGCCGGAUCCUAUGCGCGAGCGCGUGCGCGAGCUUGUUGAUGAUUUCAUAAACCGCACGUAUGCAAGCGCCUCCUCCAGUGUAUCAAUCAACGGGCUUGACUCGUCGUCGCCUGAGUUCCCCUUCCCGGCUGCAUUUACGGCGCCUGCGGAGACCGUCGAGUAUGAGCCGUUUGACGGGAAGCUAGCGGCGCGGGUGUCGUCGCUGUAUGCCCAGUUGGAAUCGUUGACGACAACGGUGGCGCAGUUGAGAAGGGAUGCGCCGGGGAAGGCGGCGAGGGAGUAUGUUGAGGAGCUUGGGAGGGUGAUUGAGGAGGAGGAUAGGGAGGUAGACGACGACGGGGAGGAAGAGGAGGGCGGAAGUCAGGAUGUUGAGAUGGGUGAUGCCGAUGCCGACGCGAAUGCGAACCAAACAGAACCACAGUCCGAAGAAGCAACAGCAAAGACAAAGGAGAAGAGAUCACGGCGGAAGCAGGCGGAGAAAGAAUCAGAGCAGUGGGAUUUGAAUAUUCCUCUCGGAACAGACAAGGAGGCAGAGCGGUGGCGGAAUGGGGAGAUUGCAGAGGUCUACGAGGAUGCAUUGCGGACACUGCUCCGGCUUCAGGGUGAAGCUGUACCCGGCGAUGAUGAGAGAUCCGACUCUGAUGGGAUGGACAGCAGUGCGUUGGCGUCUACAGUUGGUAAAGCCGAGCGAGCUGGUCGGGCGGUUGAUUUUGUAGAGAAGAUCUGAUUUCGAGCGCUCUUCGCAUAUCCUGUCUUCUCCUUUUUUUCGUCUUUGGUCAGAUAUUCUCACGUUUGGGUUACGGAGUGGCGUUUUAUUCUAGGGAGAUACCACUUUAUGAUGAACAGUUUCCUGUCUGCG